GGAUUCUCUCCAUUGAGGAGUUCAAUGGUUCAGUUUCGUGUAGGAUUCAUCCGAGGUGAGACGUGUCUUUAACGGUGGUAUUGUUUGGAAGUGAAUUGUUGUUUUUUGGUGGCAGUGUCUUGAGACGACGCAUUUGCCGCAAUGAAUCGGCUUGACCGAUACUAUAUUCCUGCGGGGGUGCCGAAUAAACCCGCAGCCCCGCCUUUACCCCGGAAAGGAAUCCUUAUGAUGCCACCUCCUCCAGUUCCACCCAUGGGUAACCAAAGGCCUAAGGCAGGAAAUUGGCAAUAUCAGCAGACUCCAAGUUCUUUACAUCAACCCCAGAGUCUCCCACCCCAGCAUAUGAUUGCUCAUCCCAUAGUGACAACAGUCCCCAUUCAGCAACAAUCCCAGAUGUUUCGAUCCAAUGAGAAAAUUCGUCCCGAGCGACCCACUAAUCGGCGACCCAUUCCAUCUGCCAUGGUGGCCGGUAGUCGCCGGGCCAUCAUGAACGGUGAAUAUGAGGAGCUCCACAUUAUGCCCACGCAACACGUACUUAAGCAUGGGAGUGGUAGUGUGUUAGAUUCCCAGAACUUGGCCUCAGCCAUGUCCCUACCAGAUGCAUCUCCACGCAUGGCCCUUCAGAAGAUUCUCAUGUUGUACGAGAAUGGCGACCAUCGCGAGGCUGCCGCAUUCAUGAGACGUCUCUCAUUCCAAACGUUCCGGCAGAUCCUUCCGCAGAUCCCUGCUGAUAUCUUCAUUGAAUCCAUGCCACAUUCCCUGCCCAUAUUAGAGGCCCUUUAUGCCAAGCUCUUCUUGGCAGGCGACAGCAAGCUUUUGGGUAAUGCACAAAGUCUGAGACCAGAGGCAGUUAUCUGGCAAUUGGUCAAGUUCUUUGCCAACCAAGACGACGGCCUGGCAGCAGGUCAGAUGCGGUGGGAGUUCUGCGGGCCAUUCAUUUCUUCUUGCAAGCGACUCCUCCAAGUCCUCUUGUCUGCCGAACCAAGAUUGAAGCGAUUAGUCUCGGAGAGAAAGAAGGCCCUAAUGAAGGCAAUUGAGGGUCUUGGUCAACACGGCAUGGUCGGCACAUCGGACGAACAACUCAUGAAUCUUCACAAAGCCCUCAAAUUGGAAUUCGAUAAGUCCCAGAAAACCUAUUCCGAAGCUCUUCUCAAACUGGAACAACUAUCCUUGUUGCAAAACAAAACUGGAAAAGGUACAAUCAGUGGGAAAUCCGCUCCAAUCGCGCAAUCACAUCAGCGGCAACUCUCCCUCAAAGCCGGGGAGAUCCAAGAGAGGUUAAUCAAAAACAAGAGCCUUCUCAAUGUGGUUGAACCAUCUUUGGAGAAUACAUCCCUUGAGGUCUUAUUGGGUAUCUUGCAACAGAGAAUUGAACUUGACAAAGAGUGCUUGUUUCAAUACACUCAAAUCAAGAAGGACUUGAUCCCCAAGACUCUGGGGUUGAGCUUUGCCAAGAACGCUGGCUCAAAUAAUAAUAACACUGUUAAAACACCCAAUACAAACACAAAUCCAGAGAAUCAAAGUGUGGCUCCGGUUCUCAUGCGGUAUCAGCGAGGAUGUCAACAGGUUUUGGAAUUGAUCCGUGAAGUGGUCGAGGACGACUUGGACAAGGAAGGCGAAGAGGAGGGGAAUUGCAGUGAUAUCUCCGGCUAUCACUCAGAUUCCGAGUCAUGUGUAAUGACCUCGGGCAAUUCACCAUUCAUUUCAAAAGAGGCCCGGUACAACUUCUUGACCAGAUCAGUUCGUCUGGGCAGCAAGCACAAUGUUCGGGCCUCCAUUUUAGCCUCCAGUCUCUGUUUGGACACCACCAGUUUGGUCGGGAGCAAAAUGGGCAGCAUCAAAGGUCCGGGCAGCAUUGUCUCCGAGGUCUUGAGGACCCGGUCCCAUCCCAAGCUGAGCACUGGUCCACCCAGUUUGGUGAUUCAUAGCUCAAGCGGAGUGAGUUCCGGAUCUGCGGACAGCUCGGACACGGCGAGUAAUGAGGAUAAAUCCGAAUCCCCGACGCCCAGUAGUUCAAGUAAUGGCACGGUCAAGAGAAUAUCCAGCCAUGAGAUCAAAGGUGGCGGCCUAAUAGGAGGGCGUGGCCCAAGUGGAACCAUGCGGCCGCGACACCUCAAACAGAGAUCUGUGUCUUCGCUCUCAAAAGAAUCGGCUGGCACAUCAGUCUCGGCCAAAUUGUCGAAAUUCAACGACAGUGAGAGCACCCUCACCCCCGGCGAACCCAUCUAUCAGGGGAUCAUCGAACAAGAUAUUUCAAUCAUACGGAAGGAGGCCGAAAUUGCAUCCCUCAAUGAAGAGGUCAAGAAGCUCCGAAGCGAGCUGAACAAAUCCCAGAAGACUAUUUUCGCUAUCGAGGAUAGUGAGAAGGAGUUGAAGAGUCAAUUGGCCUCCGAGAAGCAGAAAACGGUCACUUUAGAAAGGAUGGUAUCCUCGACAUCCUCCACAAUGAGCACCGCUGGAAAAGGAGGCUCCACUUACGGGACAAUGGACACGAGACCCUCGGGUCUGGUCAAGAAAUACGGAGAGCUCUAUGCCCAAAUGAGACUAGAGACAUUGGAUGCUUUGGAUAAGCUCCCUGAGUUAGUCAACUCCGAGGAACUGAAAAACAAACUUCUGUUUUCGGUUGUUGUGCUUGGAUUCCGAUCCGUGACCACGACCAUUCAAAGCAAACGCGACCACGUUCGCAGAAUCCUCCAACUCCCUCCUCCACCUCCAAAUGAGCAAGCGUCCUCGGAGGCUGCCGACCCAGCUGCCAAGGACUUGGAGCAGGCCAUUUCCAUCUACCUGAGGCGAGCGACAGAGAAUUUUGACCUUUCCAAAAAUGUCGAGGAGGUGUGUUCACAAAUUUGGGCCACACUCUACGAUUAUCCCUGUUUGAAGACAUCCGAUGGAAUCAUCCGUUACGUUAAAGAAUGUGUUAGAGUGGCUUGGGGCUUGGUGAAUCAGGUGCCGAACUAUGUGGUGGAAUACGAGAAUAGGAAGUUCCAACCGGACCUUCACGUGAGGUUCCAUUCCUCGAAAACCGACAGUGACCUGAUUCAAACCUAUUUGUGGCCUGCCCUCUUGGAAGGAGAAAAUGGGCCAUGUGUGCAGAAAGGCGUUGUCAUCACUUAAGCAACGGGUUCACAGUUCACAGAGAGUAAAUGCAAAGAUGUUUCGAAACAAAAUGAAAGAGAUGUUUGAAUCUGUUUGAAGAACAACUACUUCAUCACACUAGUCUUUGGUCACAAAUAUCAGCUUGAAUGAGGAUCUAUAUUGUAAUACAUGACACAGGUUGUACAUAAAUAAGUCUGAAUGAUUUAAAAAUAAAUGUGAAUAUGCACUUU